ACUGGCACAGCCUCUGCCGCCUCCGAGCGGCAGGACGGAGCAGCUGGUCGCUGCGCCCCAGGCGGCCACUACCCGGAGACUCCGCUCCUCUCUCCCGACAGAGAUCUUCCUCUGAGCCCCUCCGGGUACCUCUGGUCAAACCUCUCGCAACGAUAUGGAAGAAUUUUUGCAACGCGCCAAGUCUAAACUGAAUCGAAGCAAAUGCUUGGAGAAGGUCCAUGUAGUUAUUGGACAUAAAUCGUGUGACUUGGAUUCUCUCAUUUCUGCCUUCACAUAUGCUUACUUUCUGGACAAGGUCAGCCCACCUGGAGUUCUCUGUCUGCCAGUGCUGAAUGUACCGAGAACCGAAUUCAACUACUUCACAGAGAUAAGGUUUAUUUUAGAAGAGCUAAAUAUCUCUGAAUCUUUCCACAUAUUCCGAGAUGAAGUUAAUCUGCAUCAGCUAAAUGAUGAAGGAAAGUUGUCUGUAACACUUGUUGGCAGCAGCGUGCUGUCGAGUGAGGACAAAACUUUAGAAUCGGCUGUGGUCAAAGUCAUUAGUCCGGUUGAGCAGAGUGACGCUGGGCUUGAGUUCCGAGAGUCUUCCUCCUCCCUCGUUGUGAAAGAGAUUCUCCAGGAGGCUCCCGAGCUCAUCACCGAGCAGCUGGCUCAUCUCCUCAGAGGUAGCAUCCUUUUCAAGUACAUGACCAUGGAACCUGAGAAGAUGUCAGGGAAGCAGGAGGAAAUCCUUUCUAUCCUGGAAGAAAAAUUCCCAAGCUUACCUCCCAGAGAGGACAUUAUCAACGUACUAAAGAAGAGCCAGUUCAGUGCUCAGGGUCUAAGUAUUGAACAGACGAUGCUGAAGGAUCUAAAGGAACUGUCAGAUGGAGAGAUAAAAGUGGCCAUCAGCACCGUGAACAUGGUGCUUGAGAACUGUAUGUUUCACAGCAACAUCACCAGGGAUUUGAAAGCAUUUUCAGACAAGUUCGGUUUUGAUGUCCUCAUCCUCUUGGCCAGCUGCCCACCGGAGGACCAGCAGCAGAGACGACAGCUUGCUGUGUACUCCGAGAACCUGGAGCUGUGCAGUCAGAUCUGCUGUGAACUGGAGGAGUGUCAGAAUCCUUGCCUAGAGCUGGAGCCCUUCGAGUGUGGCUGUGAUGAGAUCCUGGUAUACCAGCAGGAGAACCCUUCGGUGACUUGUGACCAGGUGGUUCUCCUUGUCAAGGAAGUCCUCAACAGGAGGUGUCCAGAGAUGAUCUCCAACAGCCGGACAUCCUCCACGGAAGCCGUGGCAGGCAGUGCCCCACUCUCCCAGGGGUCAUCCGGGAUUAUGGAGUUGUAUGGCUCUGACAUAGAACCACAGCCCAACCCUGUGAAUUUCAUAGAAAACCCUCCAGAUCUCAACGAUUCUAACCAGGCCCAGGUGGAUGCCAAUGUAGACCUUGUUAGCCCGGAUAGCGGGUUGGCCACCAUUAGGAGCAGCCGUUCAUCCAAGGAGAGCUCGGUUUUCCUCAGUGAUGACAGUCCAGUGGGAGAAGGUGCUGGGCCUCACCAUAGCCUCCUCCCAGGGUUUGAAUCCUAUAGUCCCAUCCCUGAAGGGGCAGUAGUGGAGGAGCAAGCACGGUCCAGAGAACAUGGGGAACACUUUGACCUCUUCAACUUUGACCCAGCACCCAUUGUUUCUGGACAGUCCCAACCAUCUUCCCACUCUGCCGACUACUCCCCAGCAGAUGACUUCUUCCCCAACAGUGAUUCGUCAGAAGGACAGCUCCCCAUGGGGCCUAAAGAACUCAAUGGGAUAGGGAUGGACAUGUCUAAUUACUCAUCCAGUGUGCUUUUGUCAGAAGCUGGCAAAGAUAACCUUGUGGAAUUUGAUGAGGAGUUUGUCCAGAGACAAGAAAGUCCUGGGGAUAACUCUAAAAGGAAUGUGAGCCUGACCGGUUUUGUGGGAGAUGAAUCUCUUUCUCCAGAAAGGCUGAAAAAUAUUGGAAAGAGGAUCCCACCAACACCGAUGAAUAGUUUUGUAGAAAACUCACCAUCCACUGAAGAACCAGGUUUACUCUGUUCUGAAGACAUGAUCCAACAAACAGUUGACACAGGUCACACAGAGCCACCUCAGACUCGUGCACGGUGCAGCAGCUGGUGGGGUGGUUUGGAAAUUGACUCUAAAACUACUGCAGAUGCAUGGAGUCCCAGUGAACAGGAAUCUGUCUUCCAGAGUCCCGAAUCCUGGAAAGAUCAUAAGCCAAGCCCCAGUGAUAGGAGAGCCUCAGAUUCUAUAUUUCAACCAAAGAGUCUUGAAUUCUCAAGGGCAGGGCCCUGGAAGUCAGAAUUUGGUCAGCCUGGGCUGGGCAACAAUACUAUUCGAGACCAGAAUGAGGAAAGCUUGCAAUUUCAGAACCUGCCCACUGAGAAGUCGCCUUUGCCGGAUGCUUCUCCUCAGGGAACAAACCACCUGAUAGAAGACUUUGCUGCUUUGUGGAGUUCCAAUCGCUCUCCCACAGCAAUGCCCGAGCCAUGGGGAAAUCCUGUAAAUGACCAUGAACCAGCUGCUGCAGCAUCAUUCCAAGCUUGGAGUGCAUUUCAUACAGAGAAUGACCCUGAGCCUCUGAAAAAUACCUGGAAUCUGCACCCAACGUGCGGUGACACACCUUCUGUGAGGGACCCGCAUGAGUGGGCCAUGGCAAAAAGUGGGUUUUCUUUUCCUGCAGAAGACCUAGCAGAGAGUUUGGCCAGUGAGGCAAAUAAUGAAGCAGUUCCAGAAAUCUGGGGCAAAAAGAACCAUGACUCCAGGGCUAAACCCCUUAUAUCUGGAAAUCCCAGCUCUGACCUGCAUCAGGCAUGGAGUAGUUCUAAGACAGCAAAGGAAGAUCAGGAUGGUGGCGUGGCUCCAAAAAUUAGAGGGAAUGUAUAUGAAAAAGUAGAUUCCUGGAACCUGUUUGAGGAGAGUAUCAAGAAAGGAGGGUUGGAUGCCCUAGCUCCUUGGGAAGAUUCCUUCUUAUCGUAUAAAUGUUCCGAUUACAGUGCAUCCAACAUAGGGGAAGAUUCAGUGCCUUCCCCCUUAGAUACCAACUACUCCACCUCUGAUUCUUAUACUUCACCGACAUUUGCUGGAGAUGAAAAAGAAACCGAAAACAAGCCAUUUGCUAAAGAGGGAGAUUUUGAGUCAAAAGAUGCCAACUCAAUUACCAAGGAGAUGGAAACCCCUCCUCAAUCACCACUGCAGCCACCUAGAAAUCGAAUCAGUUCAGGUCCUGGAAACCUGGAAAUAUGGGCUUCACCUCAGACAGAUAAUAGUUCUGAAAUAAAUGCCACUCACAACCCAGAUAAAGAUUUAUUCAAGACAGAGCCCACAGAUGAGAAGGACAUCUCCGUGGAGGAUGACAUUGGAGAGAGCAGCCGGUCCAGUUACGAUGACCCCAGCAUGAUGCAUCUGUACAAUGAAACAAACCGGCAGCUCACCCUUCUGCACAGCAGCACCAACUCCCGGCCCGCGGCCCCUGACAAUCUUGAGCUGUGGAACAGAGUGAUUCUGGAGGACACUCAGUCCACCGCAACCAUCUCAGAUAAUGAUCUGGACUGGGAUGACUGCAGUGCAGGUGUGGUGAUCCCUGGUGAAGGUCAAGCCCAGGGAUACGUGGCUGAAGGUACGGAACCUGAAACCCGAUUUUCAGUGAGACAGCUAGAACCAUGGGGCAUGGAGUAUCCGGAAGCCAGUCAGGCCGACUGGGGACCCCCUGCUCCUUAUGAGCACAGCGAGGACACUGCUUCCAACGAAUAUCACAUACUGAGUGAAAAAAGCGGACAACUAAUUGCAAAUAGUAUUUGGGAUUCUGUCAUGAGAGAUACUGACAUGCCAUCAUUAAUGUUAUCAGACCCAUCAUAUGUUAUAGAUUCAGAACAAAGCAGAUUGCCUCCUGAAACUUCCAGCUCACCCCCAAAAAUUAAGGACAAUCACAACCCAGAUGUGCUAGAAACCUCUGAAGUCAGUGAGUCAGGAGCAUUUGAUCCAGACCAGGAAGACAUGUGCCAAGGAAACCUGCCAAGUAAUGCAGUGUCCCUGGCCACCGGACUUGAGAAUCCAGGGCACUUCGUAAGCUCAGAUAUAUGGAAGAGUCCCAGCUAUGGACACAAUGAAAGUGAGAAGGAAACCCACAGGGCCGCUGACAGGGAGCGCCUUAGUGAGGAGGAGGUGACAGAUGGAGCCUCGGGGACUUCUGGAAAAGGCCAGCGUGACCAGGAAUGCUCUUCCCCAGUUGCAUCUGAGCAUGAAGAAAUCUGGGAUGAGUCAGGCAAAACCAGCUCUCCUUCAGUCCCGUCGACUCCUCAGACUGAAGAACCCCAGGAGGCUUUCGAGCAUGAGAAGGGAUCUCACAGUUCAAACCCCUGUGACAUGCAGCCGGAGGUGUCCUCAAAUCACCUGCAGGCCAAAGAGACCUGCAGAAAGCACCUCGUGGAUCCUAGAAAUCUAGAUGAAACUACUGAAAUUUCAGAUGGGCAGAAUUUAACAAAAAAAGUAUCUUUACCUGAAAUGGAUCUUGAGAAAACUGAAGAAGGUAACGUUCUGGAGCCAGAGACAGUGAACCAAGAGCCACCUCCCAAAUGUCUCCCACACCUUGAUGUUUGGGAUGGCCCUACAGAUAGUGAUGUGCAGGUCAGAUGCACUAGUUCCGAGAUAACUAAGAAUCCCGAAGGUAAGAGUGCUGAAAACAGCCCUCCAGCGGUCAGUCCAUCAGGAAAUUACGACAGAGAUAGUCUUUCUAGUGAGUAUACACAUUCAAGUGCAUCAAGUCCUGACCUCAAGGAUUCUUCGGCUGCACUGCUUUCAUGGGAUCAUGGAACCAACACUCGGUGUCAGGAGGAGACUCAAGAUGAUUGGAGUGAACAGAAUCACCAAGAAUCUGGACUAAUGACCACUGAUGGCCAAGUGGAAGUAAUUACUGAAAUGAAGGAACUGGAGAGAAACAGAAUGGAUGGGUUAGAUCACAAGGUUCCUAAAUUUUUAGAGAUAUGGGAUGACUCAAUAGAUGAUUCCUUUUCCUCUUUAUCCAGCCCUGAAAUAGGCAAAUAUUCUGAAUAUGCAGGUGCUUAUCAGGAAAGAGAUCUAGUGGCUAGCCACCAGGAGAAAAAUGAUCGUGAUAUUCUGGAUACUGUGCAGCCAGAGGAUGCCAAGUGCAUUUCAACGAGCUCAGAUUCUGAUGAGGAGAGUGCAGGUGACGAGGAGCCAGUAGAGAAAGAGCGCCAUUUGGCCACUUGCCACAUUACUCAGAGUGAACCCAGAACUUGGGACUCAUCCAAUGAACCUACUGAGUUCUUGGCCAUGACAGAUCCCAAGUCUGAGGAAGGAUCCACCUACACAGGCAGUUCUGGCCCAGCAGAGAAUGAGAAGACAGCAGACCCACUCUGUGACACUCCACAGAGCAGCCCUGAUCACUGGAAUUUCUCCCCACUAAAGGAGAAUGAAAUACAGGUGACAGCAGCAGAUAAGGAGAUGAGAUCUCCAGAAAUAGGGAAGAUAGAAAAUGUCAUUUGGCAAAUAUCUCCCAAAACUGAACCAAAGAAUGAAAAUUAUUCUAAAUCAGAAAUGCUUGGCUUCUCAACUGAGAGCACUGAGUGGUGGAAUGAAUCACUACAGGAGGGGCAACCAACUGAGAGUGCAUUUGAAAGGGAAUUAUCUACAGGGGAAUUAUCUAGCUCAGGUGGUAUGUUAGAGAUGAAUUCUUCCAUCUACCAAAACGUGGGUCCCUGGGGAGUACCCAUUCAGAGUGAUAGGGAAUCCAUGGAAGCACAUUGUACUAAUCCUUUCAGUGAUAAACAUCAGUCACCCUUUCUACACAGUAAUGGGGGGAACUCCCAUGAGCAACUCUGGAAUAUUCAACCAAGGCAGCCAGACCCAGAAGCUGAUCAGCUUAGCCAGCUUGUAAUAUUGGACCAAGUGAAAGGAAAGGAUCCCAGAGAGCAAACCUUCAUGGCUUCUACUGGUGACAAACUUCCUUCUGAAACACCCACCCAAGAGCAGUGUCAGAAUACAGUGCUAUCCAUCUGGGAUCAGCCAGACCCAACAUUUACUCACACUGAUGAAAAUGAAUGUGUUGUAUCUAAUGUCUCAACUAUUGAGUGUCAAGAAACAAAUCUGUGGGAAGAAGAAAAAUCAUACCCCAGUGAAAUAACAAAUUUAAGCAUGGCCUCAGAUUUCCCUGCUGUCAGUUCUUCUCCUCAGCUGAUACAGAAGGCAGGUGCUGAGUGGGAUGAUGCCAGCCCCAUGGAGGGCUCCCAAAGCACAUUUGUCCCAGAUAUCUUACACAGCAACUUUCAAGAGGGUAGGCAGUUGGCCUCAGCUUCGCCUGACUUGUGGAUGGAUGCUAAGCAGCCCUUUAGUUUGAAAGCAGAUGGUGAGAAUCCUGACAUACUGAUUCACUGUGACCAGGACAGCAAUUCUCAGGCUUCCAAUAGCCCUGAUAUAUGUCACGAUUAUGAAGCCAAGCAAGAGACUGAACAGCCCAUCAGUGCUAGGAUGGGACCUGAAGGGGAAGCUGGUGAGUUGUAUCUCACCGAGCCAAAGCUGGAUGAAGAGCCCACUCAUGAGCCUGGGCAGGAGUUUGUUCCAGGAGGUUCAGAAGUGUAUUCUGAAAACACCAUUCCACCGCCUCCCGUCAACGACCAACCAAACACAAAUGGCUCCUCUCUGCCUGCUGCCUCUCGCAGUGGUUCUCCCGAGCCUUCUGAAAUAAAGGGCGAAAGCAACCCAGGUUUAAAAGCUUCAGAAAAAGGAGCCGACUCAGACAUGGCACCAAUUUUGGAACCCACUGACAGAACACUCCCAAUGAUUAAAAAGGUGGGGACCACCAUUUUCGUAAGUCACCAAGAGCCAGCCAUGGAUGGCGAGGGCUCUUGGAUCUCCGAGGAGUUUUCUCCCGAAAGUCCGACAGAUGCAAGAGCCUUGCUGGACCUUGGGCAGCCUUUGACCUCCGAGAACCCUGCCUCGGGUCCCGACGCUCUUCUAGCCUCAGACGUUUGCCUGGAUGUAAGCGAAGCUGCCUUUGAACACAGCUUCAGUGACGCCUCGGGUCUCAACACAUCCACGGGAACAAUAGACGACAUGAGUAAACUGACGCUGUCGGAAGGCAAUCCCGAUACACCCGUGGACGGGGAUGCUGGGAAGCAAGAUAUCUGCUCUUCUGAAGCCUCAUGGGGCGAUUUUGAAUAUGACGUCAUGGGCCAAAACGUUGAUGAAGAUUUGAUGAAAGAGCCGGAGCACUUUCUCUAUGGCGGUGACCAUCCCUUGGAAGAAGAUGCUCUGAAGCAGUCGCUGGCACCUUACACGCCUCCCUUUGAUUUGUCCUAUCUCACAGAACCUACUCUUGGCGUAGAACUGACGGAGGAAGCUGAGGCUGCAGAGGAUGAGUCUCUGGGGAGUGAAGCGGCAGAGGUACUGCUUUCCGCUCUUUCUGAUCAAAGAAACAAGGAAGACCACACUGAGACCCAAAUCAGACAGCCCGGAGGCCAGCUGGAGGUACUGCAUAUUCAUGAAGACCCUGAGCCGCUGUCUUUGCCUGCGAGAGGCGACUCCAGUGUGGAGUUGUCGCCCUCAAACAUUGACUGGGAAGUAGAAACAGAUAAUUCAGGUUCGCCAGCAGGUGGAGACAUAAGACAAUCAAAUGGUGCCAGCAGGGGAAUAUUAGAGUUAGAAGAAGAAACAGUAGUUCCUACUGAAGAGUCUGAGCAGGUGAAACCAGAAUACGGAGAAGAAAGCUACACAGAAAAGAAGGAAGACCAUCAUGCACAACAUAUGGAUUACAUACUUGUAAACCACGAAGAAAAUUCACGCCCAAAGUCAGAGGCCUGUGAAGCAAGAGGAAACACAUCCGUAUUGGAAGAGUUGCACAUGGAUUCCAAACAAACGGGGCUGCCAGGAACUCAGUUAGCAAGCUUCCAAGACACCUGUCAACCUGACUGCUUAAAUGAAAGAAAAGAUCAUUCUGUGGAGAGAAUGUCUUCCCAAGAUGAUAAGAGAUCACCCCUUGAAAGCCCUGGGCAAGAACAGAGUUGGAUGGUCUUGGGCCAUAGUGAGGUUGGCAAUCCAUCAUCAGGAGCUACGGACGAAAGACCUGAAGGGUCUGACAAGCCUAUGGAGCCAGCCUCUGCUCACAUCUUGGGCAAGGGCCCCCAAAUGCAGGUUCUGGGAGAAACAACACCUCUAGAAUCUUUAGCUCUAGAGGAAGGCUCUAGUCUGGGCAGCCAAUCUCGGAAGAGCAAGGGCCAGAGCCGAGGUGGGGCGGGCGGGGAUGCAGAUCUGUUGCAGGCUGUCACCCAUGACAAUGAAUGGGAAAUGCUUUCACCACGGCCUUCUCAGAAAAACUCAGAAAUGGAAAUAGAGGAGGAGACGGAGUUUCUUGACCACAGAACACGGAAACCAAGACCAAACGGACUACUGUCAGAGGAUGUGGGAAUGGACAACCCCUUUGAGGAGGGCAUGCUGAGUCCCGGUGCUGCAGACAUGAGGCCUGAACCUCCUAAUUCCCUGGAUCUUAAUGGCGCUCAUCCUCAGAGGAUCAAGCUCACUGCCCCAAAUAUCAAUCUUUCUCUGGACCAAAGUGAAGGCUCUGUCCUCUCUGAUGAUAACUUGGACAGUCCUGAUGAAAUUGAUAUCAAUGUGGAUGAACUCGAUACCCCUGAUGAAGCAGAUUCUUUUGAGUACACUGGGCAUGAGGAUCCCACAGCCAACAAAGACUCUGGCCAGGAGUCCGAGUCCAUUCCAGAAUACACAGCUGAAGAGGAGCGGGAGGACAACCGGUUGUGGAGGACGGUGGUGAUUGGAGAACAGGAGCAGAGGAUCGACAUGAAGGUCAUCGAGCCCUACAGGAGAGUCAUUUCUCACGGAGGAGAUUCAGGAUACUAUGGGGACGGCCUAAAUGCCAUCAUUGUGUUUGCCGCCUGUUUUCUGCCAGACAGCAGUCGGGCGGAUUACCACUAUGUCAUGGAAAAUCUUUUCCUAUAUGUAAUAAGUACUUUAGAGCUGAUGGUAGCUGAAGAUUAUAUGAUUGUGUACUUGAAUGGCGCUACCCCAAGACGGCAGAUGCCAGGGCUGGGCUGGAUGAAGAAAUGCUACCAGAUGAUUGACAGGCGGUUGCGGAAGAACUUGAAAUCAUUCAUCAUCGUUCAUCCAUCUUGGUUCAUCAGAACAAUCCUUGCAGUGACACGACCUUUUAUAAGUUCAAAAUUCAGCAGUAAAAUUAAAUAUGUCAGCAGCUUAUCAGAGCUCAGUGGACUGAUCCCAAUGGAUUGCAUCCAGAUUCCAGAAAGCAUCAUCAAGUACGAUGAAGAGAGAUCUUAUAAGAGAAGUGUGAGACUGGAUGAAGAACUGAGGGAAGCAUCAGAAGCAGCUAAAACUAGCUGCCUUUACAAUGAUCCAGAACUGUCUUCUAUGGAGAAGGAUAUUGACCUGAAACUGAAAGAAAAGCCCUAACUGUCCAUGGCUGGGAGAAGAGGAUGCUUUCCUGCUUCGUGGUUCUGUUGAAACGCAUCUACCUGAAAGAGACAGGGCUGGUGGUACUUUUUUCUGCUUUGCACUACCUGGUGCCAUUCUAAAUUUCUAAGGGGAAAAGCAGUAAGGGACUUUGUUUACUCUGAACAUGUUUUAUGAAGUUGUGUGUAUUUUCCUAUUUUGCCAAUUAUGUGCCUCAAAGAUUUUAGUUGAACCUUAGCAAGAAAGUAGGACCUUCCAUUUCCAUAUUUUGUUAACCAUAGGUGCAGUGGUAUUUUGUCUCUUAGACUGAUAUUGGUCAAUAAGAUAACUUCAAUUCGCUAUUAAUUAUGAGUGGAUUUGCUUCCAUAGAUUAGCUGGGUUUCUCCUUGGUGAUCAUUGUAGGUUUAACAUACACAGGGCUCAGCUGUCCCUGGAAAACUUGUCCUCAUGUCAGCCCACUUUUAAAAUCCUAAACUUGCUUAACUCGGCCAUAAACCAGAUGCAAGUUAAACCAUCAUCAGCUAAGUGCCCACUUGGUUCCUGUCCAUGGGAAUGAAUGGUCUCUAACUUCUCAAAGGAAAGCCAGGCUUUCUAGUUCACAGCAAUUUUAUUUUAGUCAUCAAAUUGGGCAUCAUGUUGUCUCUGAAUUGCCGUAUUUUGCUGUGUAUAAUGCACACCAUGUUUUUGGCCCAAACUUAAAGGAAAAAAAGUCUUUUGUUUU